AUUCGCUGACCGGAUAUAAGGGGACAUUCAAGGUAUACCUACGUCCUGGGUAUGUCUCUUUAAUCAGCAUGGGUCCGUCCGAGACUGACGUUGAUUUGCGCGUCUGGUUAUUAGUGAAUUUCAUUGUCUGAUUUCGUUGAAAAAUUAAAAAGAAAAAGAAAAGUGCCAUCAAUCCAAGAGGUGAGUCCCUAUUGUCUUGAUCCAGCGGAUUGGCUAGGCUACACCGACAUUUGCAGUAAUGACGGACGUGAAGAUGGAGGAUAAGAAACAAUGGGAUUUCGACGAUUUACUGCCGUACGUCGGAGAAUUCGGUCGCUAUCAAAAGUUAUUGGUGUGGCUGGUUUGCCUGCCGGCUUGCAUUCCUUGCGGAUUUCACGCUUUCAAUCAGCUCUUCAUGGCAAACGUUCCAGACCACUGGUGCAAAACUCCGCCGGAUCUGGAACAACAAAAUUGGACCUUAAUUGAAAGAAAAAUGGCCACGAUUCCUUACACGGUGAAUCAAGGAGUAAUGGAGUUCAGCAAAUGUACAAUGUUUAACAGUUCGGAAGAAACCGACGGCAAUAAUAUUACCCAUUGCCUAUACGGAUGGGAGUUUGACAAUUCAACGGUGUCUUCGUCGAUCGUUAUUGAUUUUGAAUUGGUUUGCAGUCGCAGUCUGUACCCAACCAUUGGGCUUUCAUUGUUAAACGUCGGAGGCAUUAUUGGUGUUUACAUCUUUGGCGUAAUUAGUGACAGGGUCGGAAGGAAGAUCUCGUUUUUCCUAUGUCUGAGUGUCGAACUCGUUGGAGGCUUCCUCACAGCCCUUGCACCGAAUUUUUGGUUAUGGGCCGCAUGUAGAUUUGUAGUAGGGCUAACGAUCCCGGCCAUCUAUCAAAUUCCAUUCAUCAUAGCUCUGGAAUUGGUGGGACCCACUUAUAGAACCUUCAUCACCGUCAUGACGUGUCUCUUCUACACCUUGGGCAUGUUACUUUUAUCAGGAGUAGCUUACGUCGUACGCGAUUGGACCCAUCUUUGCUACGCCACCACUCUGCCAUUCCUCGUCUUCUUCAUCUAUUUAGUGUAUCUGCCAGAGUCUCCUCGCUGGCUGAUGUCACAAGGUCGAUUCGCUGAAGUGAAAUCUAUAAUGAAAACAUGCGCCAAGAUCAAUGGAAAAGAAUUCCCCGAACAUUUGUUGCCACAGUUAGAAAGAAAAAUGACGGAGAACCGCAAUUCGAGCCUGUCACGACGGUCGGCCCCAAAAGAACCCCACAAGGUCGUAGGCGUGUCUAGCCUGUUCCGCACGCCGAACAUGCGGCUCAAGACCAUUCUCAUCACUUUCAAUUGGUUUGCAAACAACACGGUUUAUGUCGGGUUGAGUUACUACGGACCCGUGAUGGGCACCGACGAAUAUUUUUCAUUCUUUCUCUCCGGAUUGGUGGAAAUUCCGGGCUAUCUCUUUUGCUGGGCCGUCAUGGAUCGUUGGGGUAGACGUUGGCCACUCUGCAUGCUAAUGGUGGUCGGUGGAUUGUUUUGCGUGGCCACUGUCCUCAUGCCUACAGAUGCGGUCAACGAGACCUUAAUUCUUUAUUUGAUCGCCAAAUUCGCAAUCGCUGCAAGCUUUCUCAUUUUGUAUCCCUUUGCUGGGGAGCUGUAUCCGACAGAAGUGAGAGGCAUUGGUAUCGGCUUCACCGCUUAUUUGGGCGGUCUCGGUUUAGCAGUCAUUCCGUUCGUCAAUUAUUUAGGUUCGGAAAUGCUCGUUCUGCCUUUGGUUGUCAUGGGUUUCAUCUCGGCUAUUGGAGGAGUCGUCGGACUACGUCUUCCCGAAACUCUUUUCAAAAAGCUACCACAAACGAUGGAAGAAGGCGAAGAAUUCGGCAAGGAUUUUGGCAUGAAAGAAUGCCUGCAAUGCAUUCCAGAAAAGCCGGAGGAGUCUAUUGAAAUGCAUGAAAUUGCGGGGCAAGUCGACAAUGAAGAGACGCCUCUCCGAGUGGAAAAUACUACACCAUUGUCAACGCCUCUGGCACACCGAAAAUCAAUGCGCAAGAUAUUAGUUCAUCGAAUGAGUUCGCUCGAGCUGCCAGUUGACAAAUCCGGAUUAGUUAAGUUACACUACUGGUAUUGAAAAACAAAUCCAUUUUCAAAG